GUCGCGAUAAUUUCGCAAAUCUCGCGUGAUCAGUCGUCAUCCGGGUAUUAGUUGUCAAUGCGCGCAACCAGAAUCGGAAAUCAUUAGAUUCCGACGGUGUUUGUUAAAGAAUUUGACAGAGAAAAUAGAUUGCAUAUUGGGGCGAGUUCACACAUUUGGCACUUUGCCACCACAAGUGAUCAUAAUACCUUUCAGCUUUUUAACGUUUUUAUGAAGUUUUAUAUACGAUACGGGCCGUCUUGGCAAGGAGCAACCAUUGCAACCAUUGAAUCAAAGCUUAUCAAUUGGGGCGGUACGGUUCCCCCAGAAAGGUUUAUGAAUUUCUUAAAGUUAGAUACAUACCUCAAUCAAACUAUAAGUAGUAUUCAUAGGAAAAGAAAACCUCUACAUAAACAGUCAAGAUGUCUUACAACGUUGACAGAACAAACCUCGACCCAUUUUACCGCUAUAAAAUGCCUAAACUCUUAGCCAAGGUAGAGGGAAAAGGGAAUGGCAUUAAAACAGUGAUUGUAAACAUGGUGGAUGUAGCCAAGGCUCUUUCCAGGCCAGCUACAUAUCCAUGCAAGUUUUUUGGCUGCGAGCUUGGUGCACAAACUCAAUUUGAUUUAAAGAACGACCGCUAUAUUGUCAAUGGCUCUCAUGAUGCCGAUAAGCUUCAAUCACUUUUAGAUAUUUUUAUCAAAAAAUUUGUGUUGUGCCCAGAAUGCUCCAAUCCAGAGACAAAUCUUACUGUACAGGCUAAAAAACAGAUGAUUUUACAGCGCUGUAUUGCUUGUGGUCAUUCGGCACAAAUUGACAUGCGUCAUAAAUUAACCACAUUUAUUCUUAAGAACCCCUCAGAUCAGAUCGAGUCAACCACUACUCCCAAGAAACAAACCAAAAAAGGUAAAAAGAAGGGAGAAGAUGAUCGUGGUAGUCCAGAAGCUAAUGCCCAACAACAGAUGGCAGCACAGCGAGCAUCAGGUGGUGUCAUUGAUGCACCUCCAGAGUUCAAAGAUGAAGAUGAUGAUAAUUGGGGUGAGGAUAUCAGUGAAGAAGCUAUUAAACAAAGAAUGGAGGAACUGACUGAUGCUGCUAAAGGACUAGCCUUAACUGAUGAUUUGGAGAAAAGUCCUGAAGAAAGAAUUGACAUGUUCUAUAAAUAUUUACAGUUAAAGCGAGAUGAUAAUAAAGUAAGCCAAGUUCAAGAGAUUACUACUGAGGCGGAGAGGUUAGAGGUUAAAGAUAAAGCUACUCUAGUAUUGGUUGAAUUGUUGUUAGAUACUAAGAUAUUACAACAAAUAAAAGACCAUAGAAAACUCUUUCUCAGUUUCUGCUAUGAAAACCCCAAAGCUCAGAAAUAUUUACUUGGUGGAAUAGAGCAACUUGUCGGUGAAGUUCAUAAAGAAAUUUUGUUGCCUAAAGUACCCCAUAUUCUAAAGAUUCUAUAUGAUUCUGAUAUUCUUGAAGAGAAGGUACUUUUAGACUGGGCUGACAAGGUAUCUAAGAAGUAUGUGUCUAAAGCUGUAGCUCAAGAGAUACAUGACAAAGCUUCUCCAUUUAUAAAGUGGUUGAAAGAAGCUGAAGAAGAAAGUGAUGAAGAAAGUGACGAUGAGAACAUUGAGGUUGUUUAUUCUACCACAGAGAAAGUUGGUGAACAAAAAUCUACCCCUGUUGUCGACAAAAAGGAAAAUGGUGAUGAUGAAAUCGAUAUUGAUGCUAUUUAAUAUGCUUAUAUUCAUUCUACGUAAAUAUAUAUGUAUUCUAUUAUUAUAAACUAUUGGAAACUAUCAUUAAUAUGUAAACAUUAGGACGUUAAACCCCAUUUCAUUUCAUUAAUAUGUAGAUAAAAUUUUAAAUGCACUGUUCUUUUCACAUAUAUAGAUAUUUGUGUGUUAACUGGUCAGAUUAACAUAAUCAUUCAGGGACCUUACAAUAUAAAAACAUUUCUCAUAAAAUUAUAUGGAAAAAUAUAAAAUUUCACUAGGCCUAUUUAUAAAAUAAACCAUAAAUCGCUACUCCCAAUAGUAAAUUUCUAUACUAAUAUUACUAAUAAUAUAAAUCCUGGUGUGAAGAAGAAAAUCAUCAAGGCAUAUUAUGACCCCCAGCUUGCUUCUUUUCAUUUUCUAUUUGACAGUUUUUAGUCCAUGUUAUGUGGGUAUAUGAACAUACAUGACUGCGACCAUUAAUACCUCCAGUGCUACUCGUUUGACUGCAUAACACUGGCUGAAUACUAUUUACUAUCAGUGCAGUUGUGAAAAAAAAAAAAAUCUGAAUACUUGAUAAUGAUAAAAACAUGAAGUAAUGAAAUGUGAUAAAAAAAAAAAAUACCAUAAAAUUUGAUAGAAUGCUAAAAUAUAAAAUUGAUUGAAAAAUGUAAAAUAUAAAAUAAUCAUAAAAUUUGAAAAAUAUAAAAUUCCACUAGUGGCUUUCAUAAAAAUAUAAAUUUGACAAGAAUCUGUGUAGGUCCCUGAUCAUUGCUAAUUCGUUAAUGUCCAGUAAACAAAUGUUUACUAUGAUAUUUUGAAAUGUAGAGAUAUUACAUUUUAAAAAUUACUUUUGGAUUCAAAUUGAUUUUAUCAUCUAUUAAAUAUAUAUAUAUAUAUUGCUUGAAAAAGUUUAGAUGCGCAUCUGUGCCAGAAUUUAGUUGUUAAAUUAUGGCACAUACUGUUGGUGCUCCAGAUAAAAUAUAUGUAUUGGUAUAUAUGAUGAGCUCUCAAAUUCUGUAAAUAUGCCUUUACUUUGAAUUGAAAACUAAUCAAUACACUUUGUAAUGUGUCAAGUGGACGUAUUGCUUAAUGCAGGUUAUGGCUAACUAUUCUUGGUCUUCUGAUCUUCAAUUGAUAAUACACUGGUCAUACAAGUACCCAUUCUUUAAUUUUUACAUAAAUUAAUAAUAAAUUGAGAAAUAUAAUUGUGAUAAAUAAGUUAAUUUUGAUUCAUUAUUUUCCAUUCACUAAUCUGGACAUGUGGAGUUCUGUACUCUGUGAAGAAGACAAUUAUCUGGAGCACUGUAAUAUAUUUUCUUUAUUUAUAACUGUCUUGUUUAGAUGUAUAUUUUGUGUUGGUUAUAUUUUGGUUUUUCUUUUUGUAAAAUAAGUUGUUUUCAUGAUUAUAUGAAGUUUUAAAACAACAAUGAUUAAAAGUUAAUUUGUA